ACCUCGUCAUCUUUCUUUAAACCUCUCGUCUCAACUCUUCCAUUCUUCCUUCUCUCGACUCUUCCAUCAGUGGACAGUCUAGCAACCGUUUCUCAAGACUUCCAUCCUUUCCACUGUAUCGCAUCCAUCCAUCCCUCACGACUGCAGGCAUGACUCCAGCUCCCUCCACGGCCAACGGCGGCUCUUCUCAGCACGGCCAGCAAUCCAACAACACGCCCUCCACCCGUGUCAUCCUCCCAGGCAAUGGCUCGCGUAUCCUUUGCGUGGCCGACAUUCGUGGUGACUACCAUGAGCUCAACCGACUGAUCCGAGAGCAUGAAGCGACGGCCGUCAUUCAUACGGGCGACUUUGGCUUCCUGAACGCGGACUCGUUGGAGCGGAUGGGUGACAAGAUCCUGCGUCACCUGUUGCAGUACUCGCCGCUCAUCCCUCCAGCGACACGUAACCAGUUGCUUGGGAUCACCGCCGGCCGAUCAGCUCUCAUCAGCCAGCUGAACAGCUCAUCGAUUCACUUCCCCCUCUCUCAGUUCCCUCACCUUCUCUCGGGCGCGAUCACCUUCCCCGUGCCCGUCUACACGGUCUGGGGUCUGAUUGAGGAUGUCAGAAUCGUUGAGAAGUUUAGGACUGGCGAGUACGAGGUCCACAACCUGACUGUCAUCGACGAGGUCAACUCUCCUCUUAUCGAGACGGCUGGCCUCAAGCUGAGGCUGUUUGGCCUGGGUGGUGCUGUUGCUCUCCACAAGAUGUGCGAGGGAUUCGCUACCAUUGCUGGAGGACAGGGAACCAUGUGGACCACGGCAUUGCAGCUGGGCGAGCUGGUCGACACUGCCCAGAGGCUGUACGACCAGACCGAGACGAGGCUGCUCAUCACGUCCGCUCCGGUCAGCAGGACAGGCCUGCUCUCGCUCUUGGCCUUGGCUAUCAAGGCCGACCUGACCAUCUCUGGUGGCCUUCACUUCCGCUACCCCGCCUCAUUGAACGACUUUGCUGUUUACGGCGACUUUGACUCUUACCGUCACAAGCUUGUCCAGGCCCGUGACAGCUUCAUUUCUGUUUACGACGUGGUCAAGGACCGGGUGGAGGGCAGCCUGAAUGAGACGCAGCGUAUCCUGCUCAAGAAGGUUCUUGCCAUGGUGCAGAAGAUUCCCACAAACGACGACAACAGCUGGACCAACACUUGGCACUGGGUCCUUGCUGACGCGCUCUGCGGCCAUCUCCUCCUGUCUAUUACAGAUGGGCGCGUCUCCGCCGAGACGAGGAGCAACGUUGUAACUAUUGAGACUGACAUUGCAGGCCUCAACUUUGCUCAUCGUGCCAACCAGGCUCCCCAAGCACCAGCUGCUCCCAUUGCUCCUCCAGUUGUCCCCCUGGCACAGCCACCUCGUUCGACGACCGCGGAUGCCUCCAAGUCUACCCCAGCAUCUGUGCCUACCAAGCCUGUUACCGCCGCUGGUGCCCCGAAGCUGCCCGCAAAGGCCUCGUCUCCCGCGGGACCGGCUGCUUCGCUUGCCAAGACGUCGCCUCUGCCGGCGCCAGUCAAGGCUGAGCAUCUGCCCCGGUCACAGCGUGGAAGCGGCUCUGCGGCUGCCCCAACAACGGUCCCAGCGGCUUCCACAAAGCCUGAUACCAAGCCCAACUCCAAGGGUCGCGAGUCGCCCGUUCCCGCCAAGUCUAACAAGGGCACACCUCAGGUCGCUUCCGUCUCUCUGCCAAAGGAGGGCAAGCGCGGUGCCAAUGGCGAGAAGGGCGAUGCCGAAGAGUCUGAGGUCCACAAGACUGGGCCCGCUACCCCCAAGCGCUUCUCCCUGUACUUGAAGGGACUGCCAAACCCGACCUCGGAGGCCGAGAUCCGAACCUUUUUCGGCCCCGAGUCUGAAAAGAUCACGACCGUAAAGCUCGUGUAUGACCAGACUCGCCGCCAAAAGAACUUUUGCUAUGUCGACUUUGCCAACGAGACCGACCUGCAGGAGACCCUCAAGGCCCACCCAUCUGGAUCCAUCCGCGAGACGCCUAUCACUGUGGAAAUGUCCAACCCUCCCGUGCGCAACCUCAAUGCGGACCGUGGGGCGCGUGCCUCGCGCGGCGGACGUGGAGGCCGCCCCAUUCGUGGAGGUAGCUCAUCAUCCAAGGAUGCCGUGAGGCAGGACAGCGCCAAGCCAACCGACACACCCAAAUCUGACACGCCCAAGCCUGAGGCCAAGAGCAGCGACAAGUAGAUUUAUAAAGAGUAAGACUGUUCACAAUAUUCAGCGAGACUCCCCCUCCCCCCAAUACUUUGCAUUGUAUAUACCGUCGUAAAAUUUCUCGUCCGUAUGAAGGGCCCGCUUCACCCGCCAGUGAAGUGGGGGUGUGUCAUUUACUGUCUCUUUCGGAGCACGAGCACGUCGGUGUCGGACUUCCACUGGAACACUCCGUUCUCCUUGUCCACCCAGUCCUUGUCCCCAUUGCGGAUGAUUUCGCGCAGCCCCUUGAUAAACUCGACCCUACUGUCUCCGUUGAGAUGGGCCUCGGUGAGGUACGAUUUGGAGAGGAUGCGGUCAACGACGCCAUCCUCAGUUACGGGACUUGACCACGUGAACUUGGUCUCCUCGAGAGGCUCGAAGAGCUCAGUAAAGGCCGGGGUGUCCUCCAUCGCCCUCCAGCGCAUGCGGUAAUACUGUGGCGUUCCCAGAUCAUAAGGCUGGUAGAACUCGCGCGCCUGUCCUUGAUAUCCGUCUUUCGUUUCGAGAUUCCAGAGGAUGACGAGCGGUGCACCGGGCUUGAGGUAGGCUGCUGCCUCGCGCUGAGCCUUCUCAUAGUCUUGACACCAGUGGAAUGCCUGGACAAUAAAG